AUGGUCAAGUCGUCGAUUAAGCGAUCCGUUCCAGUAGCUUCUUCCGAUUACGUUAUGGACGUAUGCGAAGGAAAAGAAGCGAAGGUUGGAAAAUCUUCCGCUGGACCAAGGCGCCAACCAACUUCGAAAAUGGUCGUGAACGCAGUGGCUGCAUUGAAAGAGAAGAAGGGCUCGUCCCUUGUAGCUAUAAAAAAGUACAUCGCUCAGACGUAUCAGGUAGAUACCGAGAGGCUCGGUCAUUUUAUCAGAAAAGCUUUGAAAUCUUCCGUGGAGAAGAAAGUACUAGUGCAGAGCAACGGCUCCGGGGCCAAUGGAAAAUUCCGUUUGGCCACAGAAAGGACCACUGCGAAGAAAAUUAGCGCGAUACAAGCCGAGGAUGAAGCCAAUCUGACCACGCUGCAAGAACUUACUGCGUUAAAACCCAAAGAAGUGAUUAGGAAACACAAAUUAGCGGCCACGAAGGCGGUCGUGAAGAAAAUUGCCAAGAACUCAACGGACAUCGGCGCUAAGAAGAGGGUCAAAUCGUCGGCACCAAAAAAGACUAAAAUCGGUGGAAAAUCACCGAUUGCUCCCAAAACACCUAAAGCCAAGAGGGGCCAAAACAUACACAACGUGGGGCAGUUUGUUCGAUUUGACGUCUAA